AGCCAGAUUACAUAGCAGAGACUACAUAUCUCUGUAGUUGUAGAUUGGAAUGACCUGUGAUGUGUCCAAUUUAGCCUAUAAAGGCAUUUGGAUUGGACACAUCUUAUCAGAUGCGAGUACUUCUCACUUGUUCACUUCUAUUGGUGAGGCGCCAGGAAAUGUGCUCUGCAGCAAGAGGCAGGAGAGGAGUGUGUGGGGCUUGGACUUUGGCCCUGGCCAGGGCCAGAGCUAUUUAUUGGCUGCUGCUGCUAGAGCAAACUCGUGUGGAGUGAUCUGUCUAAUGAAUGAUCCAGUUCUUGCUGUUCCAUGGUGCAGCACCAUGGUAGAAAUGCCCAGUCCCUUUGGUCCGUUGUCCCCUGUGGAGAAUACACUGUUGGACAGCCCUUUAUGUGGGGAGCUGAUUAAGGAUGUGGAGUUAGAGGACAUUUCCCGAUCCUUCAGUGAUGAUGCCUUCAAACUGCUCUACCUGCCUGACUUCGACAAAUCCAGCACCAGGUCCAGCAGCCCUGUUAAUCUUGAUGUGGUGAGCCGAGCAUCCAGUCCCUCUUCAGCUGUAUCUGGAGCUAUCACAGGACAAGAUGAAAUCAGCUCCAACUCCUUAAAUCUUGAGUGUCGUGUGUGUGCCGAUCGUGCCUCUGGUUUCCACUAUGGAGUGCAUGCUUGUGAGGGGUGCAAGGGUUUCUUUAGGAGAACCAUCCGCCUCAAGCUGGAGUAUGACAAAUGCAUACGCAACUGUAAAAUCCAGAAGAAGAACCGCAACAAGUGCCAGUACUGCCGUUUCCACAAGUGCCUCUCAGUGGGCAUGUCCCAUAAUGCUAUCCGUUUUGGGAGGAUGCCACAGUCUGAAAAGCUGAAGCUCAAAGCAGAGCUAAAGACAGGUGAAAAAAAGGUGGCAGAGACACAAUUAGAUGAUUGGAAGACGUUGGCCAGACAAAUCCAUCAGGCCUACCUCCAACACUUCAAUAUGAAUAAGGCUAAAGCACGUGCCUUCUUUACUGGCAAGACCAGCUCACAGCCAAUUGUCAUCCAUGACCUGGACACUCUACAGCAAGCACAGCAUAUACUAGUCACUCAGCUGUUGGGAGAAAGCACAGACGACUUUGCACUUGCAGUGCAGACACAAGAGAUCGAAGACAGACUCUUCCACUGCUGUCAGUACACCACAGUGGAGAUGGUCACGCAGCUUACAGAAUUUGCCAAGACUGUGCCCGGGUUCGCCAGCCUCGACCUGAACGAUCAGGUGACAUUGUUGAAGUAUGGCGUCCACGAGGCAUUUUUUGCCUUGCUGGCCUCUUGCAUGAACAAGGAUGGACUGUUGGUGGCACAGGGUGUGUGCUUCAUCACCCGAGAGUUCUUUAAGAGCCUUCGCAGGCCCUUCAGUGAAAUGAUAGAGUCCAAGUUCCAGUUUGCCAUGCGAUUUAAUGCUUUUGAGCUGGAUGACAGCGACCUUGCACUGUUCGUAGCAGCUAUCAUCUGCUGUGGAGACCGACCGGGACUGGGAAAUGUUUCACAGGUGGAGCGCAUUCAGGAAAAUAUCAUUCACGCUCUACGGCUCCAUCUGCAGACCAACCAUCCCGACAAUGCCUUCCUCUUCCCUAAACUCCUGCAGAAGCUAGCUGACCUUCGGCAGCUUGUAACAGAACAUGCUCAGUUGGUCCAGGCCAUUGAGACGACACAGGACACCUGUCUACAUCCACUUCUGCAGGAAAUUUACAAGGAUAUGUACUGACCUUCAAACUGGUAGCAGAUUCUGAGGUGGCCAAUGAUUACUGUAUUAACCUGCUUUGACUAACUGAAGGUCUGAUAUUAAAACUCAAAGCAUUAUAAA